UAUAAACCAAGUAGACGCUUCAAGGGUUCAAACCUCGAUCAUACAUAUUAGGACCAACAUAUGGAUGUUGAAAAUAGAUAUUGUACGAAAUGCCUUCUUUGACGAUCGUUGCAUCGAUAUGCAUAGCUUGCGUAGGGCUAUUCACAGAUGCAACGUCAUUUACGGACUUUACACAUGCAGGUUAUGUGUGGCGCAGGGCAACGAAGUCAUGCAUUUUGGGAUACAACGAUAAGAAAUAUGCCGACUAUGAUUUGGAUGACUGCUUGAAUAUGUGUAUUCAGGAAGGUGUUCCAAGCUGUAGAUCUAUAGAAUAUGCCAAUUCAACCAGAGAUUGUACCAGAAGCAGGGAAUCGUCAUCUAGUCAGUCUGUUAAACAAUGUGCUCUUGUGGACUUUUUUGAAAGGACGAGUGUCACUGUAUCCACAGAAACACCAUCCAGUGUAUCAUCACCUUUGAUAUCAACGAGAUCACCUGUAACACCUGUGACAACUCCUGUAUCAAGUGCACCAAAUCACCUAUGGUGUUGCAACUUCGAGAGCUCCAGUUGGGAUGAUUCUAAUGAUGGGUCUGGAUGCGGGAGAGGAUACCGUGGCAUGAACCAGCUGAUAACGGAUGACUUCGAUUUCAUAAGGCUCAGUGGAAACACUCCUUCGGGCCAUACUGGACCGGAGAUGUCGGAUGGAGGAUUCUAUGUAUACGCCGAGUCUUCACCCCCUCGCACAAGAAGGGAAAAGGCUACAAUACGAACGCCAGAUCUUGAUGGUGAUGCCCAUAAGGUGAUACGUUUCAAAUACCAUACUCGUGGUCAGUUAUUAGGGACUUUGAAUGUUGAUGCUUUUAAUGCCAACAGUUUUAUAGGGCCAGCAUUUGGUCAAUUGUCAAUGACUUCAUCUGAUCAAUGGAAAAGUGUGACGAUGGCGUUACCAAAUGGAACAACUGCUGUAGAAGUCACAGUGACCCUUCCUGAUGAUGACAAGUUUUGGUCCUCCGACAUUGCCAUUGACGAUGUGUGUAUCGAUGAAUUAGAUGACCAGAUAACUACCCCACCUGUCAAUUCAGGAGUUGUAUGGGCCUGUGACUUUGAACGAGCUGGCUGGGAUAAUCCUUUGGAUAGAUCAGGCUGUGGACAUAACUUUGCUGGGAUGACACAGUCUAUAUCCGAUAGCUUUAACUUUACGAGACGAAACAUUGCAACUCCAUCCGUCCAUACUGGUCCAUCAUCUGGAAGUGAUUUCGGUUAUUUCAUCUUCACGGAAUCGUCUCCUACCAGCAGUCAACCUGAUAGGAGAGGAAUGUUUGCAAGUGUUCGAACUGCUAGGCUACAAGAUACACUUCAACAGUAUUUAACGUUCAAGUACCACACUAAAGGCUACGUGCUGGGAAAUAUUGUGGUCGAAGCGAUUAAUGGAAAUACUCAGAGAAUAACAGCGUUACAAAUUGGAUUAAAUAUGAUGUCCAUGGACGCUUGGAAAUCUGCUUCAAUAGAGUUACCCAAUGGGACAGCAUACGUUGACUUCACCGUGACGUUACCAGAUGACGAACGUUUUUGGUCAUCAGAUAUAGCUCUAGAUGAGAUUGUCAUAACUUCUAUUGAUUCCACACAUUCUACAUUACCAACUCCAGAGACAACAACGGAUACGCCAAGCUCUACACUUUCUACAUUGCCAACUCCCGAGACAACAACGGAUACGCCAAGUUCAACACUUUCUACAUUGCCAACUCCCGAGACAAGAACUAAUACGUCAGGUUUCACGCCAUUUGUUACAACUAUGCCAACAACAGAAGCAACUACAAAUUCUGCACAAAGAUUCGUCAACUUCACGUAUGGGUUAACAUGGCAAAUGGCACAACAAUCUUGUAUACCUUUUCGUUAUGAAAGAAGUUAUUAUGGAGUAAGACUGACAAUCUAUGAAUGUUUGCACAGAUGCCUUCUUGAAGAAAGUUUUCCAUGUCGAUCAGUGGAGUAUAUAAGAUCCCUCGGAAGAUGUUUUUUGAGAUCUUCAUCGAAUACUACUGUACUUGUUAAUUGUACAGCAGAUUACUAUAUGCGACAUAUUGAUAACCAUUACCAUUGUGACUUUGAAAAUGGAAUGUGCGGCAUGAAAAAUACAUCCAACGCGACAUUCCCGAUUGGUGAUUUUGCAUGGACGCUCAAUUCUGGAGAUACACCAAGCAAAUUAACGGGGCCCGUUUCAGACCAUACAUACAGAUGUGGGAGUUAUAUGUACAUAGAGGCAUCAACUCCAAGAAAAAAUGGAGAUAUUGCACGGAUGCAGUCACCACAGCUAAGAAUCACUGACGACGCAUGUUUAACAUUGUUUUACCACAUGUACGGUAAACACAUGGGGAGCCUCAGCGUGAUAAUUCAAAGAGAACAGGAACAGGAGGUUGUGUGGAUGUCAUCAGGGGAUAAGGGUGAUAAGUGGCUAAGGGCUGAUAUACCAUUGCGUACCGGGUCUUACUAUAUGAUCAUAGAAGGGACUGUUGGAGAUGGCUAUAGCGGUGAUGCUGCAAUAGAUGACGUAACAAUUGCACCGGGACCAUGCAAUGCAUCGUUCCCAGUCAAUAUUGCAAGGACGCCCCAUAUAUCCAAGCCAACAAGGAAACGUACAUUUAAACAGAAUAAACCAACUGUCCUCUUAAGCUGCAAUUUUGAGAUGCAUGACUGUGGAUUUACAAGCGGAGGUCUAAAUUCGUACUACAUUUGGACCCGUGCACGGGCCACCGCUUUUUCGGACCAUACAUUAUCAAAUUCAUAUGGACACUACUUGGGGGUCCGCACAUCAUCUUCUUGGAGCCGGCGUUACACAUACGCAGUAUCACCAAAAAUUCGCACCACUACACCACAUUGUAUCAUGUUUUACUACAAAAGCACUUAUGUUUACAGUUACGAAACAAUAUAUGUCGACAGAAAUGAAACAUCGAAUGGGACGGUAUCCACCAUAUGGUCAAGUAGGCCAGUGACAUCGUGGCGGCGUGCUAUUCUGACCAAUAUACAGCCAGGAGAAUACCAAAUACGUUUUAGAUUUGCUACUGAUAAUUCUAGGUUUAUAGCCAUAGAUGACUUAAUUGUUUCGUCAAAUUGUACCGAUCUUAACGGCGAGGACAUGUUGGAGGAUGACCCCCUAUUUAGGUGUACAUUUGAGGAAGACGACUAUAUGUCUAAAUGUUCUAAGAUGACAAAUGAUAUGAUAUCACCGCUGAAAUGGAUCGUUGAGUCUGGGAGAUCAAGUGACAAUUAUUGGGGACCUACAUCUGAUAAUACAUUCAAGAAUUGCAGAGGUGUGUUUGCCUCAUCGCCAGCUUCUGGCAGUGCGAGGUAUUAUCUGCCAACAAUGACAGGCACCGUUGGGCUCAGAUUUGCCUAUAGAAUACACCAUUCUGUUUCCUUGCGUGGACUGCGGGUAUAUAUAAAAGAGAAAUCAACAUCGGAAUUUCUUUGGAAUCCAAUACUAUAUACUAAUAACACAUGGCAGUAUGCGUUCAUUAAGUCACCUACUGGUGCUGAAAAUGUUACGUUUGCUAUUGAAACCAGUGGUGCAACACUAGGAAGUGUAGCAAUAGACGACAUAGAACUGGGAACUAGAGGAUGUGAUUUCGACGGAAUGCGAUGCUUUAACACAUCUAAGUGUAUACCUCUCUACAACAUUUGUGAUGGUGUGUACGACUGUCCAGAGAAGGACGACGAGAAAAACUGUGAUUGUUCGUCCGUCCAAUUCGAAUGCAAUGAUGGAGCUUGUAUAGAUAAACGAAAAGUUUGUGAUUGUAAACCAGACUGCAGUACGGCAGAGGAUGAGAACAAUUGUCUGCCUCUUAUGGCUAAUAGAAGCCAUAGCUUUGCUGCGAAUAUGAACAACCAGGAGGUCAUCUUUAUGUGUAAUUUUGAGCUUUCUCCAUGUGGAUUCGAAAGUUCUGACGAAUACGGAUCCUGGAAGUUCGCCGGUUGGGACAUGAAUGGAAGAAUUGGUUUUGCAUGGACACGUACAUCGAACUCAACGAUUGGUCUUUUAUUUUCACCCAUGUUUAAUGCAACAUCACAACAUUGCGCGAUAUUCCAUCUGAACUUCGGACUUCAAUAUGAAUCUUAUUUAACCACUGUACUGGUAUACAGAAAGGAAAGUGAUGCACAGGCAGUUCGUAUCCAUAGUGAGGAUAUAAUGAUUUUCGAUAAUCGACGUUCCACAGAUAUAAGGAGUAUAAUUGUUACUGGUAUAGAUCCCGGGUCAUACAGUCUUAACAUUCAAGUUAAACUACACAAAUCGAUCAGAAGCUCUAAUCUGAUAACUCUCGUUGACUUCACAUUGUUAAAAGACUGCAAUCAAGAUUUGAAGCAUGCCCAGCGUACUAAUAAAUCGCUGAAUGUAUUCAACUGCAAGUUUGAGAAUGACCCUGACUGUGCUUUAUUGAAAGAUGGAAAUAUGCAAUAUGAGUGGUCUUUAAUGUCAACAGAAAAUGUAACCAUUGACUCACUGCCCUUAAGAGAUACAACUAUGCAACAAUGCCAAGCUCCUGGUCAUUACAUAUUCGGUGGGAGUAAGACCUUCCUGUCCAUUGAUAAAUUGUAUAUACUGGCACUGCCAAUAUUCAGCGGAUCAAAGGCACUAUAUUUAGUAUUUAAUUACUAUGCAUCAAGCACUUCUCGCACUUCUGUUUUGAGAAAAAUGAAUGGCAAGAUAUAUGUGAUGUGGCAUGCAAAGGAUGUUCAAGUUGAAGGUGGCUUAGAACCAAGAUGGCGUCAGGCUGAAAUAUUACUGAGCAGUACACCUUAUCCGUUUACUCUUACGAUUGAAACUUUAGGACUUGUAGCUAUAGAUGACAUUUCUGUUUCUCAAAUGGAGGACUGCCUGUCUAAUGAAUACCAAUGCAGAAACUCAAAUAUCUGCAUACCAUUGCUUAACAAGUGCAAUCAAAUUAAUGAUUGCCCUGAAAGAGAUGACGAAGAUGAUUGCAUAUGCCAUAUCAUAAGGCAAUUUGAAUGUUUGGAUCAAGAUGGGAGAAGACUGUGUUUGAAUCCAGCAGAUAAAGUUUGCAAUUGUAUUGAUGACUGCAUGAAUGGGGAGGACGAAAUGAAUUGUACAAAAGUUAAUGAGUUUCCAAUGGAGUCUACAAAAAUGAAAGUAUUUGAGAAAGACCAAAUCGUGUAUUACAUGUGUAAUUUUGAGGAUGGGCCGUGUAAUUUUACUAAUGGAAACAGCUUGAGUAGAUGGAAUUGGACCUUUUCAAAAAGCCAAGGUGCUUCGAUGCAGAUUACACACUCUCUGAAUGGCAUCGAUUCCUCAUAUGAUAACCCAUAUUAUCUAGGCAAGGAAAGACUUAAGACACCAAAUAUAACGAUAAAUUCAGAACAUUGCUUGGUCUUUGACCUGAUGACAUGGGGAUCCAAUACAACGAAGUUCAGUAUCUAUAGAGGAAAUGAUUCAAUUGAGGAAAGCAUACUACAGCUGUCAGGCAUAACACAUGAAAAGGUAUGGCAAAGACACGUUGUUCACGAUCUUCAAGCAGGGACAUUUAAUCUCGUAUUUGCUGGCGAAGUGGAUAAGAACCUCACUGAACAAGGAUACGGCCUCGACAACGUUAUGCUUCUGGGACAUUGUAAUGAUGUAAUUAUUCCCAAAGAAGACACUCCUUUAAUCAAUUGUACAUUCGAGGGGUCUUCAGAUUGUGCUUUACUAGAAGAUGAUCCUAAAGCUUACCUUGAAUGGUCAAGAAAAUCGAGGAAUGAUAACAUGGGUAUAUCCCUUCCCAAUAGAGAUGCAACGUUUGCCAACUGUGAAGGACAUUUUCUGUUCAUCAACACAAUAUACCUAACCUAUAGGAAAGCCUAUCCAGCUAGACUUUUGAUCCCAAAUAUUAAUGGAUCUGUUGAUUUGAGUUUUAAGUACUAUAUACUCUCUAUUGGGCUCUUUAUAUAUAGAGCAUUAUCUAGUCGAGAAAUGGGACUUAGAGUUUACCAGAAUAUAGGAGGCAAACAGCUUUGGACGACAAACCUUGCAAAUACAUCCAACACAUGGUACCACGCAAAUGUGCCUAUGACAGGUUCCAAACCUUACACUAUUGUAAUAGAAACACUUGCAACACCAUAUGAUCAUGUAGCGAUAGAUGACGUCAUUGUUCAAAAAAGAGAGUGUCGUUUUUAUGAAGAGCGUUGUCCAGGUAGCACAAUCUGUAUUUCUUUCAACAAAAUUUGUGACAGGGAAAUUGAUUGUCCUGGUGCCACUGAUGAAAUGGGCUGUUUGUGUAGAGCAGAUGAGUUUGUAUGUGAUAAUGGACGAUGUGUCUCGCCUUCUUCCGUGUGUGACUGUGUCGACGACUGCAACAAUGCGGAAGAUGAAGCAAACUGUGGGAAUGACUUGCUCAGUGCAGCCACGAAUUCGACAGUUCAACCAAUAUUCGUAUGUAAUUUUGAGACGUCUGACUGCAAUAUGACACAUCCUACUCAAUCACCAUGGCAAUGGAUGGAGGCAUCCAGAAUUUACAAGAAAGAUCAUACUACAAAUUUCAAGUCAGGGCGAGUAAUGCAAAUAUAUCAAGGUAAUGGAGAGAGAAAUAGAUUGUUGACACCAGUACUUUCAACACAAUCAGAAUACUGCUUGAAAGUUUCUGUUCUAAGAUGGUCGAGUUCUUCUCCUUAUGGUGUCUUAAGAAUUUUACGACUGGAUUUAACAACUCAUCAGGAAACCAACAUCACCGCAAAUAUCACACUUUCCAGUUACAGAUGGCGAACUUAUAGUAGCAGUACCAUCACCCCAGGAACAUUUAGAGUGGUCUUUGAAAUAACAGGCAAAGGCGUUAUUUUAGAUGACAUAAUUAUAGUACCAUGCGGGCGUGUUGACAAUGAGCGCAUGAUUUACAAAUGCUCAUUUGAGAAUCGGACUGAGGAGAGCUGCUCAGAUUCAUUAAUGAUGGGGAAUGGAUACAAAUCUCCAUGGAGUAUCACAAACAGAAAACUAAGUUCAUCUGCAAAUGCGCCAGCUGUUGAUGCUACAUUAGGGACAUGCAUGGGACAUUAUGCAUACUUUGAAACCAAUGGUUCAGACCUUUCACAGAGUACUACAAACAGUGUUUUUAACAUUUCACUCCCAACAACUACUACGUCAAAUGGGGUGGUUCAGUUGAAGAUUAUGGUUAUCAUGGAUAGAUACGAUGUUGAUAUGUAUUCUGGACAGUUGAAAGUAUGGGAAUUUUUCGCUGGAACCAGAUUAAAUAGCUAUAGCAGGCGGCAGACGACUUUAAGUAGAUAUGUACGAAUCAGUCCCGAGACUACGAAUGUAUGGCUUACUGAAACCAUAGAUCUACGUUCGAUAGGCUAUUAUUAUGCUAUUGAUUAUUUCGGAAUCAACAUCAAGUCUAUGGUUUCAUAUCAAGCCAUAGCAGUCGCUGUAGAUGAUAUUUAUCUGAUAAGAAGUGGGGGCUGUACGCCAUACGAACAUCCAUGUACAAACAGCAGUAAAUGCAUACCAUUAUAUAAGAGGUGUGACAGCUUCAAAGAUUGUCCUUUCAUGGAUGACGAGAACAACUGCCCUUGUAGAUAUGAUGAACGUAGCUGCGGUGAUGGAAUUUGUGUCCACAUUUCCUCAAUAUGUGAUGGUGUUGUGGACUGCAAAGAUGGGACUGAUGAGCAAAACUGUAGUACUUGUCGAGAUGAUCAGUUCAAAUGCAGACACUACCAAUGCGUUAGCAAUACAACAAGAUGUGAUGGACAUGAAGAUUGUAACGAUGGUUCUGAUGAACAAAACUGUGUGCGAUUUGCGCAUCCAGAACAAGAAAAUGGACCAAGACGAGUCGAACUUUAUUCAAGUGGUCAAUGGAUACCAUUUUGUUACAACAACUGGAGGCCAGAGUUCAGUGACUUUCUUUGCAAGAAAAUUGGUUUCGGUCUUCACAACAGGACAGCGUCAAUGCUGUCCAAUUUUUCCAAAUAUGCACAUAUGAUCAACAGUUCUCUUACUCCACAGGUUACAUCUUCGUGCUACAACAACCAGUCUGUUUACCUGACAUGCUUUGUGUCAUCGUGUGGUUUGAGACCAGAAAACAGUCCAGUUAUUCCCUUGAUUAUAGGAGGACGAAUGUCAGAAUUAGGGCGCUGGCCAUGGUUCGGUGCUAUAUCAAGUCGUUCUGAAGGACAUGUGUGUGGGGCUGCUCUUAUUGAUGAAUGGUGGGCGAUAACUGCUGCGCAUUGCGUAACAAGUCAAUCAACGAGUAACACCAAACUGAUAUUCGGUACGAAUCGAAAGGUGACCUAUCCAUGGCGGAAGACAUCUGAAAAUGAACAAUUCGUAGAUGUUCGUCGAUUUAUUAUUGAUCCAGGAUAUAGUCGUUAUUAUACUCUUAAUGAUUUGGCGUUGAUACAAUUUAGAACUCCGGUCAAAAUAACGGAGUUCGUAAACCCAAUAUGUCUGCCCGAACAAAAUGAAGAUUUCCAAUCAAACAGGAGUCUCGAGUGUCAUACAGCAGGGUUUGGACGUGUGAUACCAGAAGAUUCAAGUAGCUUACCUGACCAUCUUGUGGAAACCAAAACUGUUAUUUGGACGAGAGAAGCGUGUAGGAGAAGAUAUAGUGACAGAUCACAUACUCGUGAUAUACUCUGUACUGGAUUUGCGUCAGGAUUUGGAAAUACCUGUUUUGGGGACAGUGGAUCACCUCUUGCUUGCCGCUCAGAUAAUAACUUGUGGUCGCUGGCUGGAGUCACAAGCUUUCACAAAGGUGGUCUUUCGUGUGCUGAAAAAAGUUCUCCCCAUGCAAUUGCAUCGGUGUCCAGAGCAGUCAAUUGGAUCAAAACCACACUGAACAGAUACCAACCUGUUCCAACUUCAAGUCCACGUCCUCAAACACCUGUAAGUACAUGGUGCUGUGAUUUUGAACGCCUUGGAUGGGAUAAUCCACGAGACAACGAUGGAUGCGGUAAUGGGUUUCGGGGAAUGACACAAUUGAAAACGGAUGAUUUCGACUUUACGAGAAUCAGAGGAGCAACCCCCUCAUCAGAUACAGGUCCAUCUGCUGGAUUGAAUGGCGGUUUCUACAUAUACACAGAAGCGUCCUCUCCACGAUCUAUUCUCGACACAGCAUCCAUAAGAACUCCUUUACUAAUCGGAAGUGUUGAAAAAACAAUGACGUUCCACUAUCACACACGUGGAAGUGAUCUUGGGGUACUGUCAGUAAAUGCAUACGCUUACGAUACUUUAAUUGGACCAGCUACGAGGAUAAACAUGACAUCGUCAUCACUUUGGAAGGUAGCGACAGCCACAUUGCCAACAGGGACAACGUCAGUUGAAUUUAGUGUCACGCUUACUAAUUCAGGAUUUGAAUCUGAUAUUGCCAUUGAUUCUCUCUGCAUUAGUGCAAUUGUCAGUGAAACAACAACUGCAGAAGUCAGAGAAUCAAGAGUUACAGAAGUCAGAGAAACAACAGCUGCAGAAGUCAGUGAAAGAAUAACAACACCUAUUCCAAUGCCGAUCACAACAAUUCCUGCAUCAGUGUUAUCAGACAAUGAAAAUACAAGAGGUCUAAAGGGAGAAUGGGUUGGAUGGUUUGUCUGCGGUUUAUCAAACUACAGUCUCAUCUUGAACAUCUCCAAACAAGGACUUAUAUCUGGAACUGUUGAAUUCAAUGGACCAGGGAACGCUGGAGCUCAUUACAUUCGUGGAGUUGGAAUAAGUUUUUUCAUGUUUACCCCCGAGGAUUGGCUCCCUGGUAGGGUUGGUUCGUCCAAAAUCAGUGGCCACGGAUCUCUAUCUGAUGAUAAAAAUACAAUCAGUGGACUAAUUGAUUCAUUCUGUACAGACCCUCUCAGAACAUUUAAGGCAAUGCGAAACCUAGAUACGGAUAUAACACCAACCACUCAAACUCCCGAAAACUAUGAAACCACAUCGAGGCCAAAUACAACAGACCAUUAUCAGUACGGCACAUCAAACUUGCAGACAGCUAGAAUAUCAUCGACAAGUCAAAGAUACACAGCACACGAAACAACAGUAGAUAGUACCUUGCCAUCUCGGUCGACUGCAAGACCAAGUACAACAGGGUAUCGAUUCACAACAACAACAACAACAUCAAUAACAACAACAACAACAAGAACGCCAACAACAACAACCCCAUAUAUGUCACGUACUCAUUACGUCACAACAGAUGCAACAUCAACAACUGCAGCUUUGGGAUCAAAUGUUAUAUUCCAGUGUACAUUUGAGCAAUCUAUUUGUAAUGGUUCACACGAUGAUUCUGCUGACUUUAAAUGGACUAGGAAUUUCGGCCGAACACCUAGUCGUUUCACUGGUCCAAAUGGCGAUCAUUCAUACAAUGGUCUAGGACAUUACCUUUACAUUGAAACGUCAAGACCGAGAAAGAUGGGAGAUAUUGCCAGAAUAAAGUUCGACAUGGAAGAACAUUACUCAAGCAGAAUAUUGUGGUUUUGGUACAAUAUGUUUGGCUCGGCUAUUGAUGAACUCAAUGUAAGAUUGGAUAAUACAACCAUAUGGCAAAUAGCAGGGCAGCAAGCAGCUAGUCGUUAUGGUUCACUAUGGAAACGCUCAGAAUACAUUAGUAUUCCAACAGGACGGCACGAGCUGGUGUUUGAAGGAAAACGAGGGGCAAGUUAUAGAGGUGAUAUUGCAAUUGACGAUAUUCAAGUAAUAGGCCUUGACAAUACUACAAGCAUAACAACUGCUUUUCCUACAACUACUUUUCAUACAACUGCUCUUCCAACAUCCAGAGGUGGUGAUAGUACUUCGAACAUAACGACCACUCUUCCUACAACCGCAUCUAACUCUAUCCCUCCAACAAGUGAUAUGGGAUUUAGAUGCACAUUUGAUGAGGGAAUGUGUGGUAUAACACAUGAUGAGAAUGCAGACUUUCAGUGGACAAGGCACAAUGGAUCGACUCCUACUGCAUACACAGGGCCAUCCUCGGACUACAAUGGAAACAGAGGAUAUUAUAUGUACAUAGAAACAUCACGUCCUCGGUUAGCUGGAGAUGUUGCUCGGAUGAUAAUUCCAAAUGUAACAUCACCGUCGGGCAUAUCCCAGUUGUCAUUCGCCUUGAGCAUGAACGGCAGUGAUAUCGGAAAACUCGUGAUAAAAAAGACGGAUGGAACACGUUUGGCGCAGUACAUUAGCCGAUACAGAACUUGGAGAAGAGUGCAUCUGGCCCUGUCUGGUAAUGUAUCGGCUUUAGUGUUUGAAGGUAUCCGUGGGCAAGGUUAUAGAGGAGAUAUUGCAAUUGAUAAUCUAGAAAUCGUUCCUCUACUUCCAACAACGGCACAACCUACAACAACCUCAGCACCAAGAUGUGGAGGGAGUGGACAUUUUUCUCAGCAAAGUGGCUAUAUCAGCUCGCCAAACUACCCGGGUUUAUAUUUGAAUAGAGCGUUUUGCACAUACUCAGUCACUGCUCCGAGGGGUCCAUUGACGAUUGUCUUUAUGGCUUUUAAUGUUGAGAGUACAUCUGGUUGUACUUAUGACAGCCUAAUGAUAUAUGAUGGUACAAGUGCAUUAUUCGGGCGAAUCGGUACAUUAUGUGGGGUAAAGCUGCCCGGCCCUUUUACAACGACAGGGAGGUCAUUCUACAUGACGUUCUCAACGGACGGUUCCAUCACAAAGUCAGGAUGGUCUCUUCGAUAUUAUUUAAAAACUAGAACAUUGCCUCUACCCAUUCCUGAACCCAUUCCAUGAGAGUACCUAGUACCUACUAUGUCAUAUUUGACUUAUCAUAUUCAAGAUUAUUGCUACCAUGGUUACUAUCUACGAGAUGAAUAUUAAAUCAAAUAUCCGAAGAGAAUUCUAGCAUUAUGCUACACUUAUUGUAUAUACUCAGGAUAUUGCUACUGCAUAACAUUGCUUCUGCUUUAACAAUAUCGUUUUCAAAAGUGAGUUUGUAAAAUAAAAACUUUUCAAUAGCUCACUUGUGUAUGGAUCGAAAAUGUGUACAUAUUUCUGUUAAUUGCAGUUUUAGUGCAAGAUGUAUUGUUGAUCCUUCAAGAUCUCAUAAUUUCGUCUAGAAUUUUUUAAGUAAAGAUUGACACUAUUUUUCCUUUGCAAGUGAACUAUUGGUUAGUUUCCAAAAAGAAAGAUAUUUACUGGUAAAUAGGUUUAGUCAUUGAUUUUCCCGAAAAUCGAUGUUUUUUAUAUUCAAAGUAAAUUAAUGGGUUUUAGUAACCAAAGUAUUGUGACUUUUCCCAAGUAUCCUAGGUUUACUCAUUUUACCACAUACACUCGGUAGGUUGAUUUUUAAACUACAGUUAAAUCACUAAAGUUUCUCGAAAAGAUGACUGUUGAAAUUGGAGAAAUUUUGCAAUUCACUUAUAGCAUGCUUUUUUGUCUCUUGCACAAAGUUCCAUCAUUUAUUUAUAUAUAAGCUAAGAAGGUACCAGCUGAGGAGUGACAGAUCCCUAGACGUUCGACUUAUGGGUCUUAAUAUCAGGAACAUGCCUCUUUUUAGAAAAAUUGACUUUCUGAAGAUAAGCAUAUUUCUAAAUUCUGAAAAAGGCCUAACAUUUUCAGGCCACGCAACAUCUUUUUCAGCAAAAUUAUUUUUUGCCAUUCUCUCUCUCUCUCAAGGUUUGAUAAAAUAAGUGAACUCAGAACACUUGGGUUGUCAGAAUAUAUUUGAAAAUAUUUGUUGUCGUCAUUGUAUUUGUUAUAACAUGUAUAAAUGUUUUGUAUAUGGAUAUGUGCUCAUGUAUCAAUCGUUUUCUUUGAUUUUAUAUUUUCAUCUCUAUAUAUUGUAUAAAUGUGUAUGGAUAUACUAAAGGAAAGACGAAAAAUACAAUGUAUUCAGACAAUUUUUAUCAUAAUAAAGCUCUACUAAAUUUAUAAAGUGUCAAUGCAAGUAGUUUGUUUUGAAAGUUGAUUUAGCAUAUCAAUUCAAAUUGGCGAUUUAUUGACUUCAUCAAUAAUCUGGGCCAAUAUUUAGCUAACUGUACCAAAAAUGAAAACCCUAAUACACGGGGGAAAGUCUACCCGCCUAUAUACAACCUACCGCCGAGUAAGACACGCUUAUACC